GUUGUUUUUGACAUUUUAUUUUAUUUAUUUAUGUAUGAACCACACAUGAGGCAGUCAAUUUGAAACUCAUAUGUGCAUGGCCCAUAUGCGGGGCACAUUUUUUCUUGCUUUAGUGUGUCUAUGUUUAUAAAUUCCAAUGUGUUUAUCGGAAAAAUAAAAUUGCAUGUGAGGGGUCGAUAUAAAAUUUUCAGUUACACAGUGAAAGUGUUAAGUCGAAAAAUCAGACUGGGGUCAGGUUUUUUUCUAUUUAAUCUCUGUGAGUCCCUUCACAGAGGUCUUCUUCUUCUUCUAAUCCUUUCAGUCCCUGUUGGAAUGUAGGGCUUGAAUAACAGAUUUCCAGUCCUCACGAUCAGUAAGCAUGGGUGCUUGCUAUAAAAACAAAAAUCCUUAAAAAUAGUAACAUAUUAUACAUCAAUAGUUUUAGUAAUUUAAAUUUCACAGUGAGUAAUGAUAACUAAAAUGUUGCUUUAAUGGUUCCUCCUGAUAGACAGGUCCCGAGUCCCCUCCUGAACCACUCCAUCCCGAAGAUAUUCCCUGAUCCUGACAUCCUCUGCAAGUUACAAGAAUGGAAGACUGUUAUAAACAUUUUUUAUUUUCUUUGUAUAAUUUAUUAUAAGUUUAACCAUUAUAGACGGCAAUACGGCUCACCACCUAUCACGUUGGUCUAACAGAAACCUUGGUGAGGUGUCAGUGCUUCAUUCAUCUUGUGAUGGAUGUACCUCUCACCCCAAGUACGGUCACAAGUACUAAUAUGUAUACACUUUGAAACCAUGUCACAUUAACUUUCUUGACAAAUUAAACUGUAAGUCUCAUUAAAUGUCCAAUUUGAUAGUGCGACAGGGUUCUAAAGUGGGUACAUGAUAUUGCUCAUGACUGUACCCACACCUCACCGAGCUUUUUGUUUCACAUGAUUCGUAUAAAACUUUUCACUUAAACAAGAGAAAUUGAAGAAACCUGUCAUAUACAUGAGUUUAGGUAUGUGGUAGGUAUUGUGGGUAGAUACUUGUUUCUCUUAUUGACAAAUAAGAUUAGUUAAGUAGUGGGUAGUUUUGGAUUGACACAUUGUAUUUUGCUACACAGCUCAAUAAACAUGCGAUUACCAAAUUUCGUGUUUUAAUGUGAAUUAAGGACAUAUUAUUGGCGACGAGGAAGUAAACUAGUGAAAAUGGACCGGAAAUCAGUGAAGUUCAGUGAAUUUAAUCCACAAACAGACAAUUGGGACAAUUACAUCGACAGACUAAAGUUUUGUUUUGAGGCAAAUGGAAUCGUAAUAGACAAUGUCAAGCGCGCAAAUUUUUUUACUGUGUGUGGUUCGCAAGUGUUUGAAACGUUAUUAGCACUAAUUACGCCUCGCAAAGCUACAGAAGUCACAUUUAAUGAGGCCGUAGAAGUUCUAUCCAAACAUUACAGCCCGAAACCAAAUGAGAUAUCUAUGUCAUAUAAGUUUUAUAAGCGUGACCAAAAUCGUGGCGAAUCGAGUGCCGAGUACAUUACUCAACUUAGAAAGAUCAGUGCGGGCUGCAAUUUUAGUGAUUUGGAACGUAUGUUACGUGACAGACUUGUGUGUGGUAUGCGAGAUGACCGAUUACAGUACGAACUAUUAAAGCGAGACAAUCUGACUUAUAAAGAUGUAGUCGAAGCUAUGCAAUCAGCGGAGAGUGCGGGUAAAGAUGUGAGGAUGAUACACGCGGGUCACGCCGUCAGCGGCGGCGACGCGCCGACGCCGCGCCCCGCCGACCCGCCGGCCGCGGCCGCGCCGCCGCCGGAGCCCAUGGACAUCAACGCGCUGCGCCCGCGCCCCGCGCCGCGCACCGCCAGCACCGCUGCCAGCCUAGCCCCGCAACCCGCGACGCGCCUUUGCUAUCGGUGUGGAGAUCGACACGGUGGCGAGUGCCGAUUUAUCAAUGUGACGUGUCGAUAUUGCAAUAAAAAAGGACACAUAGAAAAAAUCUGUAUUUCAAAAAAAAACGCGAGUAAAAUGAACUUCACGGAAGAGGACAGAUACGCUUUAAACGGCAUUUAUACUGUACAGACAACGAGUCGGAUCCCACCCUUCGAGAUACGGGUGUUGAUGGCAGGUGAACCUGUCACUCUGCAGGUCGACACGGGUGCUUGCUACACACUGAUAAACGAACACACUUGGCGCCAAUUACAGCCGCGCCUGCUGCCGCCGCGCCGCCUCGAUGCCGCGCCACUACUUUUGCGCACGUGGACUAACGCACCCGUACAUCUACUCGGCCGGACAGUGCUACCAGUGCGAUAUAAGGACAUUGACUAUGAACUGUCGUUACUCGUGGCUAAGGGAAGUGGACCUAACCUGUUAGGAAGAGACUGGCUUAUGCAUUUAGGCAUUACGAUGAAUAUCAACUUCGUAUCUAACGGAGAUUAUGCAGAGCUAGAAAACAUAAUUGCUACGCACCACGAGGUGUUCAAGGAUGGUCUCGGUACCUACCGUGGAGAUCCCGUAGCAAUACAUUUGAGACCGAACGCCACUCCAAAGUUUCUUAAGGCUCGUCCUGUUCCGUACGCCGUUAAAGAUAGAGUGGAGAACGAAAUCGAUCGCCUGGUAGAUGAGGGCGUCCUUCGACCGGUGUCUUUCUCGGAGUGGGCCACCCCUGUCGUUCCAGUCAUAAAGAAGUCAGGUGAAGUGCGGUUAUGCGGCGACUACCGCAGCACAGUCAACCAAGCGACGGAGUCAGAUACUUAUCCAAUGCCUACGGCUAAUGAAGUUUUUGCUGCUGUAGCUGGUGGAAAAUUCUACACGACACUAGACUUAGACCGUGCCUAUACGCAAGUUACGGUCAACCACGAUACGGCGAAACUGUUAACUUUAAAUACCUGUAAGGGUUUAUACACCGUACAUAGACUCGCAUUUGGGGUGAAGGCCUGCCCCGGUAUUUUCCAAAGGCUGAUGACGGCGCUUCUAGCAGGAAUUGCAGGAGUCGCAGUUCUGAUUGAUGACAUCAUAAUCUCUGGUCGUACCAUGCCUGAGAUGCUCCAGCGCCUAGACACGGUUUUACAACGUAUAAAAGAAGCGGGAUUACGCCUUAAUAAAAACAAGUGCAGGUUCGCCAAGGAGAAAGUUGAAUUUUUGGGAUUCAUUAUUGAUGCUGAGGGUAUUCAUCCAUCGCCAAGCAAAGUUGAAUCUAUAACGAACACCCCAGAACCCCAGAAUGUCCAAGAAUUACAAGCUUUUCUCGGAUUGUAUAAUUUUUACGAAAGAUUUAUAGCUCACAAGGCCACCAUACUCGAGCCGCUACACCGACUUUUAGAUAAGACACAUGUAUGGCGUUGGUCAGAACGGGAACAAAGAGCUUUCGAUCACGCUAAAAAGGCACUGACAUUCGAUACCACACUAGUACAUUACGAUUUAAACAAACCUCUGAUACUGACAUGCGAUAGCUCAGAAUACGGCGUGGGAGCCGUAUUGUCACACGUGAUGGAUGACGGUAGAGAGCGUCCCGUGGCUAUGAGUUCCAGAACUUUACAUUCAGCGGAAAGGCGUUACUCUCAACUAGACAAGGAAGCUACAGCAAUUUUGUUUGGGAUUCAAAAAUUUCACAAUUAUUUAACAGGAAGAUCUUUUACCGUAGUUACAGAUCAUAAGCCUCUCCUUGGUAUAUUCGAUCCCAAAAGGCAGAUACCGAACAUCUUGUCGCCGCGCUUAACCAGAAUUGCAAUCGCGCUGACAUCACACGAUUAUGACAUUAGGUACAAACCUGGCUCACAAAUAGGGAGUGCUGAUAGCUUAAGCAGAUGGCCACAACCUGUUCCCGACCGAUCUGAAAACGAACCUACUGAAGUUUUGCUGAUGGCAGAAAAACCCGAAGAUUUCCCUUUUGACGCAGAACAUAUUGCGGCUGAAACAGCGAAAGACAAAACACUAUCCCGAGUAAUACAUUGCGUACAGCGAGGCUGGCCUGCUAAGGUUAGAGAGCCGGACCUACAUACUUACUGGUUACACCGCACUGAACUGUCUUUGCAAGACGGAUGUCUGCUGCUGGGAAACCGGUGCCUCCACCGCUACGUACAGGUACUUUACAAGCGCUUCAUAAGGCUCACAGUGGUAUUGUACAGACGAAAGCGCUCGCUAGAAGCUACAUUUGGUGGCCAUAUUUAAAUGAAGACGUAGAGUCGCUCGUGGGUCAGUGCAACAAAUGUCUUGAGAACCGUCACAUGCCUCCGCGAUCUCAACAUGAAUGGAUCACACCUACCAGACCGUGGUCGAGAAUACACAUGGACUUCGCCGGUCCUUUCCGAAAUAAGAACUUUUUGAUCAUUGUCGAUGCAUAUUCUAGAUGGCCCGAGGUGUUUAUGGUUAACAACACCACCUCUGCAACGGUAAUUAAAUACUUACGGAUGGUAUUUGCGACACACGGAUUAUGCGAGGUAAUGGUUUCCGAUAAUGGAACUGCUUUUGUGUCUGAAGAAAUGAAGCAAUUUCUACAUGCUAAUAAGAUAAGGCAUAUUACAACGGCACCUUACCACCCUGCUACCAAUGGGUUAGCGGAGAGGAUGGUUCAGACAGUUAAAGACAAAAUACGAAAGAUGGACGAUUUGACAUGGGAUGUGAAAAUUCCGAACAUGCUGCUGAGUCUUCGUGCGACGCCAUGUGCUGGAACGCAUCAAAGUCCUGCGGAGCUAUUGAUGAAUCGGAAACUACGAACUUUAUUGGACGUAAUUCAUCCGGACCACAUUCAACAUAAAAGAACUGAACAGCAAAUCAUAGAAAAUAAUCAGAAGAAGAACAGAGAAUCGGACAUAGGCCAUAGAGUAAUGUACAGAAAUUUUACAAAUGGUCCGAAAUGGUUACCAGGCAAGAUAUUGGACAAAACUGGCCCCUCUAGUUACAAAGUGGAAACUGAAGAUGGCUCCAUUGUCAACAGGCAUAUUGAUCAACUUAUAAAAAUCUCAUCAGAGUCUCGAAGGCCAAAAGAAGAAAAGGGGGAGAUAAGUAACAAGGAUAAGUCAUCGUCUAAUGAAGAGCCUGAUCAAAUUAUAGAAAUUCCGAGUGAUGACUCGUGGGCGGAGAUCCUAGGAAUACCUAGAACUUGAGUCAAUUAGGUCAUUUAAUAAACAGUUAAUGUUAGGAUGAUUGUCUUUAGUGUAAUUAUAAAUAAUAUUCUAUAUUUCAUUAAGUUACAGAAUUUAUAAUUAGAGAUAAAUGUUUUGGUUAAUAUUACUGCAAGAAUGUCAUUUGUUUAGUUGUCAUAUAAAUACUGAUUAUGUUUACUUGGGGGAAAGGUAUGUCAUAUACAUGAGUUUAGGUAUGUGGUAGGUAUUGUGGGUAGAUACUUGUUUCUCUUAUUGACAAAUAAGAUUAGUUAAGUAGUGGGUAGUUUUGGAUUGACACAUUGUAUUUUGCUACACAGCUCAAUAAACAUGCGAUUACCAAA